GCGACGCUGAAAGUCAGACGUGUUGAGCGCAAGGCAGCAAAUAAAAUUCAAACCGAGUGCAAAGUUGAGAACAAUUUAAACAGUUUGCCCGCUGGCAAAGACGCGCUUAAAAACGCAGGUUCUCAAUAAUUGGCAGCCGUGUGCUAAAUUCUAUUGUUAAAUCGUGCAAAGUGUUCGCGUGCUCGGCCCAGACAACGAAUAUCGCAAUAUUAUCAUAAAACAAAAAUAAAUAAAGGACCUAUCAUAAUUCAAAUAACUAUGCCAAAUAGUGCAUGACCCGCUGCAAUUGUGCCUUUUCCCGUUGGAAUGCUAAAAAGACAAACAAACUAUAAAAAAAAAAACUUGUUGACUUGAAAAAUUGCAAUAAGGAGCAUUCGGUUAUAUUUCUCUGUUUUAUGGAAAAAAGGCAUGCAUCAAACUCGAAGCGCUCAACUGCUCAACUCGUUGCGACUUGGCGACUUGGCUCAAUCCCUGACCAGGCCAGGCCCGGCCAUGGGCUGUUGAAUAAUUGAUGCAGUUUUGCUCUCUGGUGCACAGCAACUACAACAGCAACAGCAACGGCAACGGCAACGACAAACGGCAAAACUAAUUUAUGGCAUUAAAAAUGCAUAUUUUCUAGCAGUGCGUUGCCAGUUUUUAUCAUUUGCCAAGUGCGAAAGGCGUGCGCCAAGGCAGCAGCCGCUUUCAGUUGCGGCGCCCGAAAGUGUGCACCGCUUUCCGGUACUGGCUGUGUGCGCGUGUGUGUGCGUGUGUGUGCGAGUGUGUGCGAGUGUGUCUCCGUGCUGCGCUCUGACUCUGUGUGUAUGUGUUAGUGUUAGUGUGUGUGCAUGCGUUUAUGCGAUCUACGAGCAGCUCAUGCAGCUAAAAUUGAAUUCGACUGGCACAAAGCAGCAUUAGAGCAACUGAGCCUGAAAAUUUCCUCUCAAUCUACACCCCGCGCCCGCUGCUUAAACAGCAUCUUCCCUAUCGUCUGCAUCGUCGGCAGCAGCAGCACCAGCAGCAGCAGCAGCCUCGCAUGAUAAUUCACUGCUUUGGCCCUGGACUGGCAACGAAAUGGCUUUCCUAUGUGCAACGCUGGCCACAGUUAUGAAAUGGCGACCAAUGGUGAUAUAUCGAUGAUCUCGCCGCCAACGUCUUCCAUUUCAAACGAUCAAGAUCCGUUUGGACAGUUGCCACCGCUACCACCGCCGUUGCGUUCCACCCAAGUGCUUCAGCCGUUGAGCGUAUUUCCAGUGUCCAAUUUGAGCGAAGAUUCUUACGAUUAUGUUUUUGGUGGUCGACGUAAGACUCCGCCCACAACAACGUCAACACAACUUAAGCUGACCUCGCCGCCAGUGCGCCUGCGACCCGAAGACGCCUAUCGAGGUGAAAAUAUAAACAACGGCCGUUUCUAUCGUCAUUCCUUCAGCUAUGCCCCCAAGCGCCAGCGCCACUCGAGCCGUGAUGAUCGUGACCGCGAGUCUAGAUUGAGAUGUCAUGGCGAGGAUGAGGCAACACUGCGCCAAUUGCUGCUCGAUUUGCAAAAGCAAGUUAGCGUGAUGAGCAUGAAUCUAUCAGCGAAACUCGAUGAACUGCAGCGAGGCGAUCGACACCUGGAGACGACAGUCGCCUUGUGCGAAAUCCGGACACAGCUGCAGGAGCUGACCAAGUCCGUGGAGAGCUGCCAGAGUGAGGUAUCUGAGGUCAAACGUGACAUGGUGGCAAUCAAACACGAACUGGACACCGUGCAGCAGGUGAAGGAGGAGAUUGAGGAGCUCCGCGAAUAUGUGGAUAGACUGGAGGAGCACACGCACAGACGGAAGCUAAGACUUUUAGAACAAGGUCUGACCUUCUUCCUCACCUACUCCAUAUUCUCGGCGGUGCUCGGUAUGCUGCAAUUUGGCUACAAUACUGGAGUCAUCAAUGCGCCCGAAAAGAAUAUUGAGAAUUUUAUGAAAGAUGUGUACAAGGAUCGCUAUGGCGAGGACAUUAGCGAGGAGUUUAUACAACAACUGUACUCAGUAGCCGUCUCCAUAUUUGCCAUUGGCGGCAUGCUGGGUGGUUUCAGUGGUGGCUGGAUGGCCAAUCGCUUCGGCAGAAAAGGCGGUCUAUUGUUAAACAAUGUGCUUGGUAUAUCGGGCGCCUGUUUGAUGGGUUUUACCAAAGUUAGUCAUUCCUAUGAAAUGUUAUUCCUUGGCCGAUUUAUAAUUGGUGUUAAUUGCGGUCUCAAUACAUCAUUGGUGCCAAUGUACAUCUCUGAAAUAGCACCACUGAAUCUACGCGGUGGUUUAGGUACUGUUAAUCAAUUGGCUGUGACUGUAGGUUUACUAUUAUCCCAGGUGCUGGGCAUUGAACAAAUCUUAGGCACUAAUGAGGGCUGGCCCAUACUGCUGGGCCUGGCCAUAUGUCCAGCAAUAUUGCAAUUAAUAUUACUGCCAGUUUGUCCCGAAUCGCCUAGAUAUUUGCUCAUAACCAAACAAUGGGAGGAGGAGGCGCGUAAAGCAUUACGACGCCUGCGCGCCUCCGGUUCCGUAGAUGAAGACAUUGAGGAAAUGCGCGCUGAGGAACGCGCCCAACAGGCCGAGAGCCAUAUAUCGACCAUGGAGCUUAUUUGCUCGCCUACAUUGCGUCCGCCAUUGAUAAUUGGCAUCGUGAUGCAACUGAGCCAACAGUUUAGCGGCAUCAAUGCUGUCUUCUACUACUCCACAUCGCUCUUCAUGAGCUCCGGUCUGACCGAGGAAAGCGCCAAGUUUGCCACGAUAGGCAUUGGCGCCAUUAUGGUUGUAAUGACUUUGGUGUCCAUACCGCUAAUGGACCGUACCGGUCGUCGUACAUUGCACUUGUAUGGCCUGGGUGGCAUGUUCAUCUUCUCCAUAUUUAUUACGAUUUCCUUUUUGAUUAAGGAGUUUUUUGGUUAUGUGCAGGAAAUGAUCGAUUGGAUGUCAUAUCUAUCUGUGGUCGCAACGCUUGGCUUUGUUGUAUUCUUUGCCGUGGGACCCGGCUCCAUACCAUGGAUGAUAACAGCGGAAUUGUUCUCACAAGGCCCACGGCCCAGUGCCAUGGCCAUUGCAGUGCUGGUCAAUUGGAUGGCCAAUUUCGUGGUCGGGAUUGGUUUCCCCAGCAUGAAGACCUCACUUGAGAACUACACAUUUUUGCCAUUUAGCGUGUUCUUAGCGAUAUUCUGGAUAUUCACCUACAAAAAGGUUCCUGAGACCAAAAACAAAACCUUUGAGGAAAUCUUGGCACUCUUCCGUCACAAUAACGGCAGGAGUAUGCUAAACUGCACAAAUAGCUUGGAGCCACAAAGUAUGAAUUCUGGCAUCGAGCAUGCCGCAUUGAUGGUAUCUGAGGAGAAGACCCAACAUGACUCACCUGCAUCCGAGCGAUUUUUAGACGGCGGCCGAAGUACACACCAGGGCCGGAGCGCUGCCUCUGUGCCCCAUCACCUUCGUCAGCAAGCACCUGCCUGCCAGAACAGCGGGCCUUGACUGAGGAACGCCUCACCUCCUGAAACUGCCAGUGUACAUUCAACGAGUCGCGCUGAUGAGGAGCACCAGCAGCAGCAUUCCUCCUCCUCCGCCAUCACCUCUGCCGCUGCCGCUACCGCCGCCACACAUUCCCAGCAUCAGCAUCAGCCCUGUUAUAACACACAUGAAUAUGUGCAUUGUAGCUAUGAGAAGGAUAUCGUAUGUGAUCAAGCGCCGCCAUCAUUGAACACCCAACACCAGCAUGAGCCGCCCCAGCCACAGGAGGCGGUUGCCAUAGUUUCACAUUGCCAUCAGACACAGCAGCUAUCGCAGCGCAAGCACAGCCACAGUCACAGUCCGCACCAUAGUCGCCACACAUCACCGCACAGCCAUCACUCGCAUCUGGGUCACGGUCAGGGUCAGGUUCAGCAGCAACCACAACCGCAAUCGCAAUCGCAAUCGCACUCUCAUCAUCACCAUUAUCGACGUCGACGUCGGCAGCACAGCGUCGCUGCUGUUGGAGGUAGCGGCAGCUUGCCAGGCGCUCAUACGCAUCCCUCCUCCGGCGGUGGCCACAACACUUCCCGACAUGUGUGCAGCAGUCGACGUCAUCGCUCGGUCACGGAUGUAUCUUGUAAUUCGAUCAACGCCUGCCAGGAUGCAGCGUGUGCUGACCGCGAGGUGCAGGAGAUAAUGGUUCGCAAGUCCUGUUGCAGUGCAUCGCGUACGGAAUUGGCUCAAUACUUUGCCGAGGACUUGUACGGCUCAUCGUCACGUCGCCCCAGCUCGUGUUGCACCAGCUCCGACUACUGCUAUCAAACGGACUCCACCAGCUUGUAUGGCUCGCGUUCCUCACUAAGCCGCAACAACUCCAUCAAGUCGGCAUCGGCCGCCAUGCGGAAGCACCAGCGACUGCACGCGCGCCAGCCCAGCUACACAUCCAUAUCCUUGCGUGGCCUGAAUGCCAGCCGGCCAAACAGUCAGCUCGGCUCGCUGACCUCCAUAUUCGAUCGUGCCAAGCAAAUUGCCGCCGAUAGCAGGCACACAGAGCAGCAGGAACAAGGGCAGGCAACAACUACGCCCUCGCACGGCUCAACAUUGGAGCGACACAGUUCGAAGGGCGCGCUCAGCAAUGAGCUGCCUGAGUACGCAUGCUCACCAUCGCCCAUACGCUGGAGUUUUCUAGCCGACGGUAAGUCUCCUACGGAAUUCGAGCUUGAGGGGGCUGUGGGUGGUACAAUUGAGGCAGCAACGGAGGAUAAGAUGGAUGCCUGGAAUGUGCCCGAGCCAGAAAUGAAGCCAUGUCGCAAGCUGACCAGCAACACGGAGAGCAGCAGCAGCUGGAAGAGCGCACUGUACGAUGAAGGUCCCAGCACCUCAGCAGCGGCACGCAAGCGACGCGGUAGCAGCUAUCACUGCGAAUUCGAGGAGUCCACUACGGUAUUGUUUCAUCAGGAUCAGGAGGGUGAGGCGUACAACAACUGCUGCAACAACUACAUACAGUGCAACACGUAUCUGGAUCAGGAUCUGCAAAUCACCAGCGAGGAUAUACAUCAGUAUCUGUCAAAAGGCAAUCCAACGAUUGGCGAUGUGCUAAACAAUUCCAAGAACUAUCCAUUUCAGCCCAGCAAUGCGCUCGAGUUUCAGUACAAGAAUAAUUUUCAGCAGGGCAACAACAACACAAACAACAACACGAAUACCACAAACACUGCCUCCAGCGAUGCUGGCGAAUGCUUCCAGCGCUAUGAGCGAAGCUAUCAAACUAGCUUGAGCAAAGAAACUAAUCUAAAUCAGAAUUCCAGUGGCAGCCAGGCACCGCCAGAGCCGCUGUCCCCCAGCAACAUCAAUCUAUCCAGCAGCAGCAACAACAUCAACAUUGUGUUUGGCAGCAGCAGCCAGGAGCGCAACGCCAACGAGGUGAAGUUCAUUAAUAAUCGGGCAAGCGAAAGAGACACCGAGACUUUGGUUAGCUCGGAAGCACAUCACGCAGGCUAUCUACCCUACACGUAUCCCAGCUACGACUAUGCCAACAUGUCGGGCAAUUCACACUUUGAUAAGCCGCUGGCCAUCGAUGAGCUGCCCAAGGAGUUUGCUGGCAUUCAUUUGGAUGGUGGCGGCUCUACAACCAGCGAGCAUUCAUCAUCGUUGCACUUUGACUCCUUCGACGCCGCCUCGGAGCACAAUUUGUUGUCGCAGCCCAUGUCGCCCGGCUCGGCUGCAUCGGUAUCGAUAUCGGUUAAUCCUGCUGGUGACGGUUAUAUGCACGUGCACCACGCCCAUUUUGAGCAUCAGCCGCAUUAUCAUGGCCAGUACACGCAUGCGCAUCACCCGCACCCGCAUUCGCAUCCGCAUCCGCACAGCUACGCUCAUGCCCAUCAUAGCACGAACACAACCAGCAACAGCACGAAUCACUAUGGCACCCACGAUCUAGCCGAGGAGCAGUUCCGGCUUGGCAAUGCCUUCAAGAAAGUGCGCAAGCGUGCACGCAAAUACACAGACUUCCUGCGCAAGAAGUGAGCUGAGAUUCUGAGCCCGACUCCUCCUGAUUAGCCUUACUAUUCCCAUCUUUAGAUUCACCAUACUUUGGGCGCAAGUAUGUGGUCGUCUCGAAGUCGCAGGCGCAGGCGCGGUCGCUGCCACGACGUUCGCAAAGCUUGGACGAGGAUUAGCUGCGGAUGAUCGACUAUCAAAUUGCAUUUUCAGCGCACACUUUUCAAAAAGCAAUAAUUAAAUAAUUUUCACACAGAAACAGACACAAAACGCGUAAUUAAUGAAUAACUUAAAUUUUUACACUGCCAAAUGAUAAAGAUUAAAAUUAGUAUUUAUUUGUGGUAAGCCAAAUUGUAAUGUGCGAUGGACAGACACAAAAGGAGACACAUAAACACCCACACACAGAAAAUACACACACACACACACACACACACAUAAAUUCAUUCACAUGCGGCAGCCAGCUACAAUAUAACAAGAAGAACAACCACAACAACGACUAUUUUAAAAAAUACCUAAGCUAACAGUGCGUAUACAUGAUAAGUAUGAAAAUUUGUAUAUUCAAGUUAAAAUUUAAGGACAGGUUUUGAAUUUGCAUAUUUAAAUUACGUAUAGAAAAAAAAACCACAACAGAAAGGUAAAUGGAAAUAAUAAUGCACAACUACCCAAGCAUAGUUUUAAAAUUAAACAACUUUAAAUACACUUAUUUAUUAGAGAUAAGAAAUCGAAGCAGCGCUACAAGAUUUAGAGUUUCAGCAAAUGCAGUAACAGCAACAAAAAAAAAAGCAAAAACAACAAAAUAUUAACAAUUAAACUACGAAAAAAGUUAUAAACAUAUGCAAGAAAAACAAAAACAAAAAAAAAUGUAGCAGACACAUAAAAAUGCAAAGUUAUUGAGCAUUCCACUAAAUCAGUAAGCUAAUCUUAAAUAUGGAAUAUAGGAAAGUGAUUUUUUUUUUAAAUUAUUUACUAUUUUAUAUGCGAAUUUUUAUGGUUGAAGUUAAACAAGUUUCUUCAGGGACUGCUUGCAAUUUAUGUAUAAGCAAUAUGCCGUUUUGCUCAAAGAAAAUACUUUAUUUUGAAAAUAUCUUAGAUUCGAAAUUUUCAUUUUGUUCAAAUCAAUUAAAGACAUUUUCAUUUGAUGAACCCUUUUUAAGAAGAGUUUCCCUGCUUAAAUUUCAAUUUUGAUUUAGCAAAUAAUUUGAUUGCAUGGAUCCCAACAACUGUCUUCCAAUUGUAUUUUAGAGUAAUUUUCUACUUUCAAUUUCGUUCGAUACAUAUUUUCACAUAUGUACAUCAAUUACGUACACAUAUAAUUUCAAUAAAUUAUUACAUCAAACGUACCUUGCGUGACAAAAAAAA